GCCAGGAAAAACAAGAUGGUGGCGGUAGAGUCGUACGUGAAGAGCCACUUCCGCCGCUCGUCGCCGCACGCGCUCGGCGUGCACAAGGCGCGCGUGCCGCUCGUGCCCACGGACCUCGACCUGUCGUCAGUCGCGUCGUCCCCGACGGCGGAGGAGUCGACGGCGAUCGGCAGCAAGCUGCACAGCAUCAUCGACAGCAUGAUCCACGCCGCGCCCGCGCCGCUGUCGGCGCUGCGCGAGAGCCGCGAGAGCAGCUCGCGCGACCCCGACGAGCCCGACGCCUACUCCCUCGGGAACCUCUCGCGCCAGGCCUCCUCCGUCGACUCCGACUACCGCGCCGACAUAUUCGAGGACAAGAACGUCGAGACGGCCGUCGAGAGCUUCCAGGACAAGCGGGACCUCACGCCCGAAGAGGAGUCCAAAUCCUCGGAAACGAAGUACGACCGCGAGUCGAACGUUUCCUCCGGCGAGCUCCAGAAGCUGGAGGACGCCCUCCACGGCCGCGUGUCGGUGGGAUCCUUUCGGCAGCUGAGAAUGAACGACUUCGCGCUGACGCCCAAGCGAUCGUUGCAGCGAGCGCUGGUCGUCCGUUCCGGCGACGUUGUGCUCAAAUCUUCGAUAUCCAAAAGCCUGAAACUGAGCAGCUCCCGCUCUGACGUCUCCGCAGAUUUAAACACGUUGCCAGCCCUUGGAAAUUCUCAACUGGGUUGGAAUUUUCGCAGCAACAUCCCGAUGCAAAUCGCGACCGUCGGGUACGCGUUCCCCGAUUACCACGCGGCCUACUGCGAACCGAAUACGGCGAUCAAAUCCUUGGACAAUAUUUUCAAACUGGGAAUCUCUCUGAGCAGCUCGUCCACAAAAAACAAAAAGUCUGAUAAGACGAGUCAGUGUUUUAAGGGAUCACAGUCGAAGUGCGAUACUCAAGAUAAUACAGCAUCGUCUCUGAAUACUGCUGACGCGAUGCCUGUAAUGAGAAUGAAGCAAAUGAGUAUUGCGUCGGUUUCCACGGAAGCUCGUCUGUUUGAUAAUAUUGAAAAAACUUGUGGCGACUGUUCAAUUGUAGUACCAGAAAAACGCCAGACCGAAGUCGAAAAGGUGAAGACUGAAAGUAACGCUGAAAGUAUAGAUUGCACUUCAUCUUUGGACAUGCUUGUUGGACUUCUGAACGAAAUCCAGAAAAUAACCACGGGCCAUAUCACUGACACUGUACAAUAUGCGGACGAGCAGGAUUGCAAAGAGCUGGAGGAUGUCAUAAAUGGCAACGAUGCAAUGAAGGAUACGGCGAAAAAUAUUGACUCUCACGAAUUGGUCUCCAUCGCAUCCUUGGACAAAAUGAGGCAGUUGGAAUCUAGCCCGAGUAUUUAUUCUCUGUACUUGUCCGAUGGCGAUAAAGAGUCGAUUGAGGAGAAGAUUGGGAUUCCGCGACUGACUACCAGCUUAAAAAGCGUACUGCGUCACGAAAUACCGAUUCACGUGGACAAAGAAGUUGGCGCUGAUUUCCCAGUGAGGGAAUACACGAGUACUUUUACUGACGUGCCAUCAACGUUUUUCCCUAUUACCAUAACUCACAGCACUAAUGUCACUAAUUCUCUAAUCGGGAUUCUGAGUAAGCCAUCAAGCCAAACAAUGUUUUCGCUCGAAGACUAUGAAAGUGCGUGUGCGGACUCUACCUUAAAUUGUAAAAAGAUUAUGGAAAUCACAGAAGAGUCUAAAACUACUCAAAUCUGUGAAACGCCUGUGAUUGCGUAUCCUGAUAGCGAGAAACGUGUGGAGACUUUUACUGAACAGCAGGUGGAGGUAUACAGUGAUGUUGUUAUUGAAAAUGUAUCAAUCAUGGAGGUGCACAAAGCUAAAACUGAGAUGAAUUUAUUUAGCAAUUAUACCAAUUACCACAAGAGUUCAGACUUUGAUCCAUUAAUUAAAAUGAAGCGCGAUCUUUUAGUAACAAUUUACUCGAUGCUGGUUUUGACUGUAUUUGCUGCCUUGUCGUUUCCAGAACUUGUGUACCAUGUCUGAACUGUGAAUGUAAGCUUUUAUUUGGAUGUCUUUAUAUGAAACUUAUUUAUUUUGGUAUUUAUUGUUUAGUUGAAAAAUACAAGUAUUUAUUACAA